AAGUUAUUCGCAAUCUUUAUUGCUUUUUCUCCCCCCUGCAUAUAUAUUAUCUCUUUGCAGUGUACAAAACAGUGGUCAGAAUUUUCCCUUUAUAUAUAUGCUUCAUUUUUCCCUAAUUCAUACCAUAUUAUAUCCUUCCAAUUCUCAAACAAAUCACAAGGGUUUUGUAGUGAUGAUUAUGAUGAAGAGGGUGCUUCUUCUCUUUGCUGCCUUGUUGUUGCUCCUCAUGGCAGACGCCGCGAUGUCCAACGUUGUUGAAAAAAAGGGUGCACGUAAGCUAGCUCAAGGCAGCGGUGACCGAAGAAUCCCCAAAGCAGGAGUGUUCAAUGAUGCAAAUGAGCCUGAACUUAAGAAGACUGAUGUUGCUCCUGACGAUGUUGUAGCUAACAACAUCGAUAAUGAUGACAAUGAAGACGACGAUGUAAAUCUUGGUUAUAAAAAUUACGGAAAGGGCUCUGACACCGAAACUCACCGAUACUUCUCGAGUGAUAAGCCGUAUAGGCCCUAGAAAAUCUUUCUAAGAUCAUCACCAUCACCAUUGUCGUCUUCGUCUUCGUCCAGGGUGACUAGUCAAUUGUAAAAGAAAUGAAGUGUUUUUCUUUAUUGCAAUAAAGUAUGAAAUGUGCAUGGGAUGCCUGCUUAAGAGCUAAGCCCUAAAGUUGAAAGUAGAGAUGGUUGGCUUUAUUAAGCAUGCAAGCUUUUGGCAUUUCAUAGAGUUUGAUGAUUGUUGUGUGUUGUGAAAAAUAGAAUAUAUUUUGAAUAAUGUGGAUGAAAUCAAGAUUUAAUGUGUAUCAUAAUUAUAUGCUAUGGUGUGUUAUGAUUU